GGCAGGGCGGCACGGCGGGGCGGCAGGGCGGCUCCUCCUCGCACUCAGACCCGGAGCCACCGCGGAGGCGCCUCAGCCGCGGGACACGCCGGCCCGGAGCCGCCGCAGCCGUCCCCCCCCCAAACCCCAUCCCGGCUCUGCGGGAGCAACGCUUCAGAGUUCCGGAUAACAAGAAGAAUUUGUUCACACAGUUUUGGCCAGGACAUCACAGGCAUCAGAAGAGGUGAAUAAAGAAGAUGCUAAUGUUUGAUCCAGUCCCUAUCAAGCAAGAAGCCAUGGACCCCGUUUCAGUGUCAUACCCAUCCAAUUACAUGGACCAAAUGAAGCCAAACAAAUACAGCGUCAUUUAUUCUGCACCAAGCAUGUUGCACAAUAAAUUCUACUCGAACCCUGAUGGACUGUCGAAUGGAAUUCAGAUGGAGCCAGUAGACCUUACGGUGAACAAGCGAAGCUCACCACCUUCAGCUGGCAGUUCUCCCUCCCCUUUAAAAUUUCAGACUGUGCAUAGGAGAACCUCCCCUGGAUUGACUCUGUCCUCACCCAGCUCUCCCAUCAGUAAAUUCACACCGUCACCCCCAGGAGUACAGCCGCUAUCCAUGCCUAUAACAAUCCCUCCUGUAAUGGCUGCUGCUCUUUCUCGCCAUGGACUGAGAAGCCCAGGAAUACUCCCGGUCAUUCAGCCUGUUGUUGUCCAGCCAGUUCCUUUCAUGUAUGCUCCCCAUCUCCAGCAGCCCAUCAUGGUGUCCACAGUCCUUACAGAUGAGAUGGAUAGUCCAAGCAGCAUGCAAGUGCCUGUUAUUGAGUCCUUCGAGAAGCCAGCACUGAAGAAAACAAUUAAAGUAGAACCGGGAAGUGAACCAGCAAAGACUGACUUCUAUCCUGAACGAAUGUCACCUCCAAUGACCUCAUUGUCUCCCCAGGAAGUAAUGCUGCAAGAGAAUCACCCUUCGGUUAUAGUUCAGCCAGGAAAGAGACCUUUGCCAGUGGAGUCACCAGACACGCAAAGAAAACGCAGAAUACAUCGGUGCGAUUAUGAAGGCUGCAACAAGGUCUACACUAAAAGCUCCCAUCUGAAAGCUCACAGAAGAACCCAUACAGGUGAAAAACCAUACAAAUGCACUUGGGAGGGAUGCACGUGGAAGUUUGCUCGUUCUGAUGAACUAACGCGGCAUUUCCGCAAGCACACAGGAAUCAAACCUUUUCAGUGCCCAGACUGUGACCGUAGCUUUUCACGUUCGGACCAUCUUACUCUUCACAGAAAACGUCACAUGCUUGUCUGAGUGUCUUCUGCCCCUGACUCCUGACAACACUUUUUUUUACACAUGCAUUUUAAUUUGGGUUCAGCUGGUCUGAAUCUCUGGAGUUUAUACCAUUAAAAGCUUACAUAUGGUCAGUACUAGAUGUUAUCUAACCCUUCUGUGUCCUUGCCACGGGUCAGACCUAAAGAAUGUGAACAAUUAUCUGUUUUGUUUUGUUUUGUUUUUCUUUCUCCUGGGGAUGCUAAGCAAACCCUUCCUUCAGAGAGUAUGUUUAAUGUAUUCCAUUGUGAAUAAGGGAAUUUGUAAACAAACAGCUUUUGUUGGUUUCUUCAUAUAAUCAACCCAGUGUAUACUGAUAAACUAGUAAAUGUUAUUGAGUAUCCAAAAUGCUCAUCCUUGGCAGAGACAUUAUUUAUGUGCCCUGCACAAGGCACGCUCUCGUUUUAUGCUCAGCAAUGCAAUGAAUGGACUUCCUCAACCUUGCUGAUUUCUGCAAUAUGAUUGAUACAGCAAUUUUAGAAGGACACCCGGUUCAGAAAUCCCCUCUGCCCAAACAGUGGGUAACACUGUAGAAAUAAAUCUAAGCAAUAUACUUGAUAGGAAGAUUGAGUCAUAGUAUCACUCACCUCAGUCAAGGAGAAAAAUUAGGAGGAACUGGUCUGUGCAUAACACUGCAUCUAAACCAAUGUCAUCUCUCCUUUGUAUGAUAGCAUAUUAUCCAGCCAUGUUUUUAUUGCAUACUGCCCUGGUGGAUUUGUUAAAUGAAGAUCUCGUGUGGUGCUGUAUGUCUGUUUUCUGUGCGACUGUGUGGAUGGAACACAUACGGUACUCUCCUAUAACAUGGCAUUAAAAGAUAUUCAUAGAAACCUUAGACACCUCAUUUCAGGGUUAUAGACUGUCCCUCUGUCAUCACUCCCCUACGUUUCCUCUAUUCCAAAUACUUCUUUUCUCCUUACUGUACCUCAGAAAAUAGAAAUCGUCGUGUCAAAAACGCUCCAGUGUGUUGUUGCAGGUGCCACUUUAAUACACCACAGUAUUUUGAAAUAUCCCUGAUAUUUUUAUGACGAGAUGGCAUCAAAUAUGAAGUGCUUCUGUGACAAACUGAGUCAUGUAUCUGGUUAAAAGCGUGUCAGAUCAUCCAUUUGACAGCUCUGAUCCAUGGCUCUGAUAUUCUCACAGUGCUCGGUAGGCUGAGCUUCCUUUCUGGAUGUGUCCAUUGCAUUAAAACGUCGUGUCACCAACUCCCAUGCCAGUAGCAAAUGCAAUUCAAUUGUUCAAAUGCAAGCAAACUGAAUUCAGACAACCUACAGUCAUAGCAAUGUUCCAGUACUUGGAACUUCCCCACAAGAGGGUUUCUGUCUAUUAGCUGUCAGGUUCUGUGCUACUAAAAGGAAACAGGAUCUCUUUGUCUAGACUUGAGCACACAGUUGAAUGUUUGUUCUUCACCCUGUGUGAGGUGAACACAAUUCUGUGCCAUAUAAAUUUGUUCAGAUUUUCCUUUGUCUUGGAAAGCCCUACUGGAAAAGCAGGGCUGUGGGGAGGAGGUUUGCAAGGUCCUCCAGGAGGAGUCAGGUUGGAGGUCCAUCUGCAGGUGGGUACCUCAGGACCUGUGGAGAGCAACGCUGGGCUGCAUUCUGGGGGGUCCAAGAGCAGCAGGCUGAAGUCAUCUGUAGGUGCACAGCUUGGGAAGUGAGGAGCCUUCCACCUUUGCUUACUUGGCGGUGGGGUUUCCAGCUGAUCUGCUGACAUCCAUUUACCCAUGAGAGGUGAGAGAGAGAUCCGUUCUGUCAGCAGUGUCACAGGGAGUCAGACUUGGCUUCAUCUGCAAGACUCAUGUGGUAACAGUGGUUCAUUGACACAGAGCGGUCACUGGCAAAGGGCAGUGUGGAACUGCUGCAGCAUCAAACACAGGUGUAAAGCCAUAUGGUGUCCUGGGAUAAAAACAAUCCCCAGCUGUUCUCAGGGGGGGCAAAAAGAGGUGAGACCCUACGGAGCCAUGACUGGGUUAAGGACAACAGAUGCCAUGUCAAAUUGAAGUGCCUGGGAUUUAGGAUGAUAACGCAACAUUUCUUUCCAAUGAUCAUUUUUUCUUGAAAGGCUUCCACCAUUUAUUUUGUGAUAGAAACCAGAUAUACCAUAGAGGUGUCCAUUCAUUUGCCUGCGUACCUUCUUCCUGAGAAUCUUUAUGAUUGUAGGAAAGAGCACAGCGGAGAUGCGAUCGAACUGUUAAAUGCCUUUAGCCACGUGCCUUUUGACUUCAGACACCAGAAAUGCUUUGUCUAUAGGAUUUAUCACCUGGGCGUGUGGGUGUCGUCAAAAAAGCCAUGAGCAGGAAGGCUUUCAUCUUUAAGCUGAAAAUGCGCAUUUACAUCUUCUGCGGCUCAUUGACUCAUUUAGCAAGUUUUGGUUUGAGGGCUGCUGUGAAAUGUCAUAAACCAGCCAAGCGAAUACUUGUAGUAAGGCGGGCAUUCCGUCUAUAGCUUAAAGGGAAUCCCGCUCAGGUCACAAGACAAACUUGUCCCGCAACAGGCAUCUAUCUUUUAAAACAAAUCCUUUCAGUGUUGCACUGUGCAGUAAGUAACAAACUCCCUGCUCCUGCUUCAUCCUUUUGGUUAUAAUGGGAUCUUUGGCAAUCCCAUAAAGCCGAGCGGGUAUUAUGGGAUGGUUUUACUUAAACACACACUGCUGUUCUGCAGCGAUAUUUCUGAUGCCACACCAAAUGCAUCAUUGUCUCUGUCAAGGUCAGCUACAUGUAGGUGAAUAUAAAUCCAUGUUAUGUAUCCAAAUAGGGCUACACCAGUUUUCAUUACAUUUUACAGAUAUUAGCACUUUUAUGCUAUUUACGUACUUCAAAUGUUAGAGGGUCAAAGUAAUCUUUUCGCUUAGCAUCUCUCACCUGCAAUUAUAGCAGGGAUGUUAUAUUUACUUCAAUACGUGUAUAAACUAUGCAGAUUUUUUUAAAAUAAAAUGUAAUAUAUUUUAUAAGCUAAUAAGACUGAAUGGGUAAUUAAAGGUUUCUAGCGUGCAUUACUAUAACUUGCAGAUAUGGAAACAUUUUUGUAAUCUUUCUUAUUAAAGAUGUGAAUGUUUAAUGUACUUUUACUGUUUCUACUUUGGUAGCCAAUGGGAAUUCAGUAAUGACGUUUUGUCAUGUUGAACUGUGAACAGAAAUUUGUACUGUACAGUCCUCAUACUAUAUUUAGUACAAAAUACGUAUCUAUGAUAACUGUUAAUAAAGCCAUCAGAACAUUA